AUGCGCGUCGCGCGGGAGCGCCGCGUCGCGCGUGAACGCGCGGGAGAUGGGAAACGCACGCGAUCGAGCGCGCAAUCGUCGGCGCGAUGGCGCGCGCGCGUCGAGGCGAGCGAACGACCGAACGUGGACGCGGACGCGAGCGCGGCGAUUAUUGAAGCGACGUCGACGCAUCCGGUGAGCCAAACGACGAGUUACAGCUUCGCGAGAAGUGGAUUCUCGGCGGAGUGCGAGCGCGCGCUCAAUGCGCAGAUCAACGUGGAGUACAACGUGUCGUACAUCUAUCACGCGAUGUGGGCCUUCUUCGAACGAGAUAACGUCGCGCUGAAGGGAUUUGCCGAUCACUUCAAGGCGGAGGCGCUGGAGGAGCGCUCGCACGCGGAGCAGCUGAUGGAGUACGUGAACCUGAGAGGCGGUCGCGUCGAGCUGCAGCAACUGUUGCCGCCGCAGACCGAGUACGAUCACCCAGAGAAAGGAUGCGCGCUGUACGCCUUGGAACUGUCGCUGAGCUUGGAGAAAUUGAACAACGAUAAGCUCUGCGAGCUUCAUCGCGUGGCGGAGGACGCCGGGGACGCGCACAUGUGCGACUUUCUGGAGGGCGCGAUGAUGGACCCGCAGGUGCAGAGCGUGCGCGAAGUCGCGGAGAUGGUCGCCACGCUCUUACGCAUGGGACCGCCCGGCGACGGUAUGGCGGCGUGGCACUUCGAUCAGUACCUUCAAAACAAGGCUUGA